AGGUUGGAUGACUUGUUGGCUGGGGUUGUGAUGGAGUCGGAUUGGGAUGUGCUGAGAGGGGGGAGGGUUACCGCCACGUGCCUGCUGCUGUGGGCGACUUGGGGGGCGGGCUAUACAGUCUAUGUUUACCUGCUGCAGGCACGCCGGGGCAAGCCCUGGCUCCGGGCGCACAGAGCCUGGACAGUGGUGACAGGAGCCACCAACGGCAUCGGCAAGGCUUAUGCACAUGAGCUCGCCGGGAGAGGUCUGAACAUCGUCCUCAUCAGUCGAGACCUGAGCAAGUUGGAGCAGGAGGCAAAGGCGAUAGAGAGGCUUCAUGGCAAAAGCACACGAGUCAUCCAGGUGGAUUUCACCGGAGGCUUGGAGACCUACGAGGCCAUUGAGGCAGGACUGAAGGACCUGGAGAUCGGAGUACUGAUAAACAAUGUGGGCAAGCAGUAUGCACCUGGCUUGAGGAAACUGCUCGACUGUGAGGACAUCGCCAAAAAAUUUUUGGGUGUUAUAAACUGCAACAUGAUGUUUGUGGUCCAGAUGACUAGAAUCGUCCUGCCCCAAAUGGUCACCAGCGGCAAAGGUAUCAUCAUCAACAUAUCUUCAAUAACUGACAGGAGCCCCUAUCCAUUUGCAGCAGUGUAUGCAGCCACCACGGUCUUUGUGCGAAGCUUCUCCGUGGCAGUGGGCGCAGAGUACCACUCCGAGGGGGUCAUUGUGCAAACAGUGAGCCCCUUUUUGGUUGAAACAAAUCCCUUGAAAAGCGGGCUGCUCGUGGUGAGUCCCGAGGACUUCGCUUGGCAGGCGUUGGACACACUUGGCCUCACCUCCCAAACCCCUGAGUGCCUCCGCCACGCUGUGCAGGGUUUCCUGCUGACCAUCUUCCUGCCCAGUUGGUUUUUUCUCAGUCGCUGGGGAUUAAAGCUUUUAUCUCUGUUGAAUCCUAGGCCAGGGUUGUUGUUAGCAAAGACUUCCCACAUAUCGAAACAGAUGGACAAGCAGACCAAUGGAACGUAA